GAACAUUAUAGUCGUGUUGCUACCAUGUGGUCUAUUGUUUAUUCUCUGGUGCCAUGUGAGCGAACGACUAGAGAUAGUGUUCGGUGACGGAGAGAGAGCGCGCGUUCGCGUAAGUGUUCUUAUGUACAUAUAAACAAAAAAAAAUCGUCGCCAGUUUCUCGAUUCCUUGAAAAGUUUAUAAUAUUUUUUUUUAAAUCCGCUCCGUACACACAUCCUUAAAUAAGUAGUUUUGUCGAGGUUGUUGGGCCUGCGGCGUGUUUGGAAUACAAUAGAAAUGUUUUUUUCUCCGCGCUAAAGUUGUGUGUUAAGAAUAGAAUUUCUGUUAUUUCAAAGUGAAAAAAUGAAAGAAAAACACGGAAAAUGUCGCGUAUUUAAUAUUUCAAAUUUGAAUGUUUGAAUCAGAACAAAAGAGGCGCUGCUUAAGUGGAUUACGUAAAAAAAAAUAUUUUUUUGAUAUGUAUGUGAUCAUCUGUUUUGUGACUUGUGUAUUGGAUGUCAGCAUCCCACUACAGUAGUAGAACGGCACAUAUUUGCACAAAAGGUCGAACAAAAAAAAUCAUUUGGUACACAAUCCAUUCGCAAUCGAACGAAAGAAGAAAAAAAUUGUCAUCCUCCAAAUAUCUCCGAAAAUUCCCAGCUAUUGACACACACACACACACACACACACACACACACACACACAUCCUCAAUCCGUUCUCAGCCGAAGUAAACACAAACAAUUUUAUUCUGCGGAAGCCCGUUCCUUCUGUUUGAAGAAAAAUAUUCGAAUACACCAUGUAUUUUCAGACUAAAAUCAAUAAAAACACCUAGCCAAAAAUGUGAAAUUCAACUGACGAAAUGUGCCCAUAAAAUGUUUAAAUUGUAACAACGUCUGAAGAGAGCUGUUGUGAUGAAAAAAAAAAGAUAUACAUAAAUCGUAUACACCUUUAAGUACCGUCGUGUUUGAAGUCAAUUCGUCUUGUUUGCGAAAGCGGGAACAUACAACACUCUCGUCCGCCGUUAUGUACAGUAAUAAGUUUUACUAACAAUAAUAAAUCGAUAAAAAAGAAGAAAAAAAAUGUAGAUUGUUUGCUAGUGAACAUGCAUGCGAUGUGGUGAUUGUAUGCGUACGUAUACAUUUUCAAAUAGAUGUGGGGCAAGUUUAGUUGGGAAUGCUGUUUUUUUUUCUCUCUCGUGAUUCAAAAAAAAAGCAUUACGUUUGAAAUUCAGGAAAGUCGUUGCUAUUUUCGAAGUGUGAUGAAAAUAGAAAACGAAGUGAUAAAUUCGGUAUACGCGCUUGAACAUCAAUAAUAAUUCAUAGUAUCAACGUCAACAACAAAUUUUUCAUUUAUCGUAUGAAUUGAUGCAAUAAAUAAAUAAAUAAAUAAAAAUUUCAAGACGAAAGAAAAUAAAUAAGGAGGAGAAGACGGUGGUGACGACAACGACGACGACGACCGAACAACCAAAAGAAACGGGUGGGAAAAGCAGCAAUAGCGACGAAAUAAUUACAUUAUACGAUAUAAUCAAAUUUGUUGUGUUCAAGUGCAAUAGUUGUGUUAAAAAUGAACAUUACGUUUUGUUUGGUGGAUGAUAUAGUGCGAGCGACGAACGAACGAGCGAGAGAGCUGUGAGAAGGACAUGUGCGCAUAUGAGAGUUCAUUAAGAAAAUAAAUUUCUAUUGAAAGUAAUUGCGAAGGAGAAGAAUAAACGCGAAAUGACGCGAAUUGACCGUCGUUCAAGUGUGUGAAUGAAUGUGUGGAUUGCGUUUUUUGUUUUGUUCUCCUCUUUUCGGUGCAUCGACUAUAGCUGCAGCGUUAUUUUGAUAUUUUAUCUCUGAAUUUAUUGCCCCGAAUAAGUGAAUUAUUCAAAAUAAAGCCGUGUGUGAUUUGUUCCUGAUGGAUUUUAAAGAUAAUUCCAACAAGCCAAAGAAAUCCAUAUUGAAUACAUUGCUAUUAAAACGUUCCACAAAAGUUGAGCCACAUCCAUCAUCAUCAUCAUAUGACAGUGAGCAUCAUGACAGUGACCCAAAGAAUAGCAGCUACGACGAUCACCCGUAUCGUCCGUUGUCAUCACAUGACCAACCGAAUCCGUUUCAAACGAGCGUUUCGGCCAGUUCGACACCAAUCAAACGACUGCACAAAAUCGGAAAGCUAAACAGACUUUGGCAUUGCCACAGCUCAACUCAAAGCCUAAGUAGCAAUCACUCCGCUCCGUCCUAUUUUUUAAGAAAGAUUAGCACUAGUACCAAGAAGAAAAUCCGCAACAAAAACGAUCGACACAGCCAUCCGAUUAGUAGUCAAAAUGUGAUAACCGAUGACGAACAGGCGUAUGAUGAUUACAUCGAUUCGGAUUACAUUGAGGAUAUUGGCCCAAGUCCAUCGAAUAAGAAUAGUGUGCGUUUUCAUUCGAAUGGCGGAGUGAAUAUGUCACGUUCAAUAUCAAAUGGACGAUUCAACGAUGAUUACAAAUCUGGUGUGAGCAGAGUCACAAGCAAGUCUCAAGAACAAAUCAUUGUGAACGAUAUUGAUGAGAGUAUUGUCUGUGAUUCUAGUCAACAACAGUCUCCAACAUCAAAAUCACAUGAUGGCAAUUUUGCGUUUAAUCGUGAUGAUGAUUUCGAUUUUCCAGCUGGCCAUUCGAUUGCAAUGUCAGCGUGUCGAUCGAGGCUUCGAGAACGGCUAUUACCGCCCGGCUAUGCCAAUCGCAGCAUCAUACAAUCAUCGAACGAACAACAACAGCAAAAGCAGCAACAGCAACAGCAACAGCAUUAUUCAUUCCCAAACAUAGUCGAGAAGAGCUCGAAUCCAACGUCCACCGAACAUAAAAACAGUCGAUCCAUUUCAUGUGACUUACUAUCAAAUGCCAAACGAACUGGAAAAACAGAAUCAUUGGCAAAAAAUUCAUUAAUGGCUGCACAAUUGAUAAAUCUGAUUCCAACCGAGGUGGCACGAGAAAGGAGCUAUUUGGCAAACAAUUUAGCUGUUAAUUCGCUGUUGGGACCAGCGGAAUUGGAUCGCGUGCUACCGUCGCGGGAAGUAAAAGUGUUUGUCGGAACAUGGAAUAUGAAUGGACAGCAUCCACCGAAGCAAAUGAAUGAUUUUGUUUUUCCCGCUGGAGUUGAGCAUGUACCUGAUUUGGUUGUGAUUGGAACGCAGGAAUCAUGUUCGGAGCGUUUUGAAUGGGAAGUAAUUCUUCAAGAAACAUUGGGGCCAUCUCAUGUGAUGCUACACGCGACCAGUCUGGGCACAUUACAUUUGGCUGUUUUCAUUCGACGUGAUUUGAUUUGGUUUUGUUCAAUACCCGAAGAUGAUUGUUUAUCGGUUCGACCGGGCACAGCAUUCCGUACAAAAGGUGCCGUUGCAAUAUCAUUCUGUCUAUUUGGCACAUCCAUGCUGUUUGUCACGUCACAUUUAACAGCGCAUCAGCAAAAGGUGAAAGAGCGUGUGAGCGAUGUCAAGCGGAUAAUUCAUGCGUUAGACUUGCCAAAAAAUUUACACCUUCGCAGUAAAAACAAAGACGUUACGCAGAAUUUUGAUGCGGUAUUUUGGUGUGGUGAUUUGAAUUUUCGAUUGGGUGAACCGCGCGAAAAAUUGCUCAAAUGGAUUGAAACGACACAAUUUCCAUUGCCAUCACAUUUACCGCACGGUUACAUGCAUACCGAUCAAUUGAAAUCGGUGCUGGCCAACGGUGCUGCGUUCAAAGAUUUUAAAGAGGCAAACAUUACAUUUCCACCAACGUAUAAAUAUGAUCCAGGCACACAAAAAUUUGACACAUCCAGCAAACAAAGAGCACCCGCUUACACCGAUCGAAUCCUGUUCAAAUACAAAUCGAACCCGUUUGGACUGCGGCGCGAAAGCAAUUUGACGAGUUUUCUGCACAGUGCCAUCGUUGAGUGUAUCGCGUAUGAUUCGGUGCCGAGUAUUGUGUCAUCCGAUCACAAACCGGUAUGGGCAUUAUUUAAAACAUCCAUCAAACCGGGCAUUGAUUCAAUACCCUUGGCCGCUGGCUUGUUCAACCGUGAUGUGUAUAUUGAAGGAAUGAAACGAAGACUGACCAAAAAAACUUCAGAAACUUCAAAUGCUUGUUGCAUUCAGUAGCGGUUUUAUUUAUUUUAAUUUGAAAUAGGAUUUUAAUCAUUUUAAUAACUAAAAAUUAUGAAGAAAAUGGAAUAUAUAUAUAUAUAUUAUAUAUCAUGACCGACGCGCUAAAGAGAACCUUUACCAAAAGAGAAAACAAAACAAAACAAUACAUUUCUAGUGAGUUGUAAAAUCAUGAUCGUUGUUCGUAUUUUGCCAACGAUUUUAUUUUCUGUAAAUUGAAUUUUGCUAUUCAGAGAUUGCUGAGAAAGACAAAGAGUGAGUAGCAAGAGAAAGAGAUGCAAUAUGUAUUGUAUAUAUUUUAAUGAUGGCUUAAAGAGAAUGACAGAGGACAGUUGAUGUGACAACUAUAAAAAGAAACGUUUGCCUUAAAUGUUAACAAUUACAUUCAUAUUUUCAUUGAAUGGAACACAUUGGAAUUUUCGUUGCUGUGAAUGUCCAUGCAAAAGAAGAAAAAGAAGAAUUAAAAAAUAAAGAAUAAUCCAAAGCAA